CAGAAAACCAAGCUGCCCUUGUGCAAGGGGCAUUGGGACCAGGACCCGCCCGUCCGUCUAGGGCAUUAGUCUCUGGUGGGGCUGGACCAUGGGCAACGUCAUGGAGGGCAAGUCGGUAGAGGAGCUGAGCAGCACCGAAUGCCACCAGUGGUACAAAAAGUUCAUGACGGAGUGCCCCUCUGGCCAGCUCACCCUCUACGAGUUCCGCCAGUUCUUUGGCCUCAAGAACCUGAGCCCCUCAGCCAGCCAGUAUGUGGAACAGAUGUUCGAGACAUUUGACUUCAACAAGGACGGCUACAUCGACUUCAUGGAGUAUGUGGCAGCCCUCAGCCUGGUCCUCAAGGGCAAGGUGGAACAGAAGUUACGAUGGUAUUUCAAGCUCUACGACGUCGAUGGCAACGGGUGCAUAGACAGGGACGAGCUGCUCACCAUCAUCCGGGCCAUCCGAACCAUUAAUCCCUGGAGCGACUCAUCCAUGAGUGCGGAGGAGUUCACAGACACUGUGUUUGCCAAGAUCGACAUCAACGGGGAUGGGGAGCUGUCUCUGGAGGAGUUCAUGGAAGGCGUCCAGAAGGACCAGAUGCUCCUGGACACCCUGACCCGAAGCCUGGACUUGACCCGCAUUGUGCGCAGACUCCAGAACGGUGACCAGGAGGACGCAGGCGCUGGUGACCCUGCAGCAGAGGCUGCAGGCUGAGUCUCACUCCACGGCUUCUGCAUGCCGAGGGUUGGCCCGGUGUGGUGCCUGGUGUGGUUGUUUUCUUCUUGUCUUAGCAUUACAUAGAAUCUCCUGAACUCAAAGGUUCGGCUUGUUUCUUUGGGCGCACAGUGCCAGCGGAGGGGCAGAGAGGACGGUCCCUGGUCCCUGCUCGAUGCUCCCUGUGGUACCUCCCCGUCCUGACGUCCCUCUCGUGCCCCUCACGUCUUCUCGUGGAAGUUCUGAGAGAGAGCUCCUGGAACUCUGAUGGGUGAUGGGGGAAAGUCCUUCUGUGUAUAUGUUGAC